AACAUUUCUGUUUUUAGAUUUUCACAAGACACCUUAAAGUUCCAUGACGUCUGGCAGGCUGGCUGAGAUAUGAAGUUGGGUCAUGUCCUUCAAAGCCGGAGGCCAGGAAGUGGUGAGACAAGUUACCCAGCUGGUGGGUGAGACUUGCCAAUCACCCAACAUCUUCACCUCAGCACAGCAUUUUUGUUCUCUGCUCAUUAUGCCUACACAUUAACUGUUACGAAAUGACUAAACAGAACAAAACAAAAAUUAGGUUUCCUCGUGUAAAAAGGUCCCCGAAACAGAAAUGCUAGUGGUAGAUAUGGAGAGGUUUAAGAAAAUUUUGAUACUUAACCAAAAAAAAAAAAGGUAUCCAGGAUAAAUAAACAAGUAGACAGUCAAAUGUGGAAGAACCUGGCUCUCUGUCACAAAUUACUUUAUGUGUCGUAACACAAGCCCAGAGAGCCCCUCUCUAAAAUGGUGGAGGUCCCUUUCCUAUAGAAGCCAAGGGGACAGACUCGAGCCGCUCAGUCAACACACAGGGCAAAGUCCGCCACUGCCCCAUUUUUGGUCCCUCUGCUGCUGUUUCUCUACAUUCUCUACUGUAGCUGUUUUUCUAUGAAACUCCAUCAGCCUACUGGUCAGCUUGGUCCUUGGACACUGCUCUCAGCCACUAACGCUCUCACCACCUCCCACAUCCCUCUGCCUCAUGCUGAUCUCACCCCACCUGGUCCUUUCCCCAAAGCACCACCCACCCCAGCUGUUGUGGAGCAGGGGCUUCCCGGAAGGCUUCGUGAUAAAGGGGAAGGAGUUCCAGCACAGUACAGCACAAAACUUAAUGACUGGACAUGACCUCUGCCACAGGGAGUUUCUCCUUAAGGACGUCCUCAUCACACCCUGCCUUGGUUGAAGCAGGACAAGAUAGUGGAUAUGAGAGCAGGCUCGGGGCCGACAUCGUAGCUCUGCCACUCUCUAAUUAGGGAAACUUGUGACCCUCUCUAGGUUUCCAUGUCUGUAAAUGGAGCUACCAACGUACCUUCCUCCUCAGAUGUACGUGAGGAUUCAAUGAGGAUUACCCUGUUCUUGAGAUGCUUUCCUUGGGCCAAGGAUAACACAGCCAGUCCUGGAAGGCUCACCCGGGGGAAAACAUCAUUUGAAUGAAGACAUUCAAAUGCUGUUUUAAAUACCCAGCACAGCAGAAAGUUUUCGUCUUAUUUUUAACUCUAUGGCUGUUCUCCCUGUUGAAACUUCUAAAUGUGAGGAGACUCCUCUUCCCUCAAAGAGGCAUUUACUUGGUUGAAUACUCCCUGAGUACCUCACCUUUUGUAAGAAACAGAUACACCAAUGUUAAGAAUGAAAUCAGGUAUGAAGUUAACUGUUCAGGUGUCUAUGAACAGGCACCUUUGGAAAUUGGCAAGAGUCUGGAAAUAAGAAGGAGAGAAAUCAUCGACUUGGAUGAUGAGGAUGUCGUGGCAAUAACCAGUGAUUGUGACAUUUAUCAGACCCUAAGAAGGUACCAUCAAAAGCCUGUUUCAAGGGAGGAGAGAAGCUUCCCGAUAGCCUAUUCUUUGGUUGUUCAUAAAGACGCAAUUAUGGUUGAAAGACUAAUCCAUGCUAUAUACAACGAGCACAAUAUUUACUGCAUCCAUUAUGACUAUAAGUCACCUGAUACCUUCAAAGUUGCCAUGAACAAUUUAGCUAAGUGCUUCUCCAAUGUUUUCAUUGCCUCCAAAAUAGAGACAGUACAAUAUGCCCACAUUUCCAGACUCCAAGCUGAUUUAAAUUGCUUGUCAGACCUCCUCAAGUCUUCGGUUCAGUGGAAAUAUGUUAUCAAUCUGUGUGGGCAAGAUUUUCCUUUGAAGUCAAACUUCGAAUUAGUGUCAGAGCUGAAGAAGCUCAAUGGGGCAAAUAUGUUAGAAACGGUAAAACCCCCUAACAGUAAAAUGGAAAGAUUCACUUACCACCAUGAACUAAGACAGGUGCCUUAUGAAUAUGUGAAGCUACCAAUAAGGACAAACAUCUCCAAGGAAGCCCCCCCUCAUAACAUUGAGAUAUUUGUUGGAAGUGCUUAUUUUGUUUUAAGUCGGGCGUUUGUUAAAUAUAUUUUCAACAACUCCCUCGUUAAGGACUUUUUUGCCUGGUCUAAAGAUACGUACUCACCUGAUGAACAUUUUUGGGCUACCUUAAUUCGGGUACCAGGAAUACCUGGGGAGAUUUCUAGGUCAGCCCAGGACGUGUCUGACUUACAGAGUAAGACCCGCCUUGUCAAAUGGAAUUAUCAUGAAGGCCUUUUGUAUCCCCGUUGUACUGGCUCCCACCUUCGAAGUGUGUGUAUCUACGGAGCAGCGGAAUUAAGGUGGCUUAUAAAUGAUGGACAUUGGUUUGCUAAUAAAUUUGAUUCUAAGGUGGACCCUGUCUUGAUUAAAUGCCUGGCAGAAAAGCUUGAAGAACAGCAGAGAGAAUGGAUUACUUUGUCUUCAAAAAAGUUAUUCAUGGCUAAAAGUCCCAUAAUCACAUCAUGAUAAAAUCAUGACAGAAAGAAGCUAUCUGAUAAAUGGAGCUAAUAUGGAACUGUGUGCUAUACUAUGCCCACUACCACGUGAGCUUAACCUUCUCAUAGUUGGAGAGGUGUCCAAAAUUCCACACAUAAGGCAAAAUGACCUAGGCUUUGAUGACAAUAAGACUACACUUGGUCGGGUGAUCUUUAUGUUUGUUUUUCCUUGUAAUCUUAUGGAGCUAAAUCAGAGAUCGAGUCAUAUGAUGCCCUCAAGGCUUACCCUAAUCACACUUAAUACUUUAAGUUUUCCACAUAGCCAUCAGGAUUCUACCGAAAAGGUGUUGGCGUGUGCGAUACCUUGGUUGAGCGUCUGACUUUGGCUCAGGUCAAGAUCUCAUGGUUGGUUCAUGGGUUCGAACCCCUCUGUCAGUGCAGAGCCUGCUUGGGAUUCUCUCUCUCCCUCCCUCUGUCUCCCUGUCUCUCUGCCCCCUGCCCUGCUCAUGCUCUCUCUCUCAAAAAUAAAAAAUUAAAAUUAAAAAAAAAAAGAAUAUUAGAAGGAGAAACCACUACCUCAGGAAAGCUCAAAGAAUGUCCAGUUUCCUGUUUGCCAAAGCAUAAUUUACCUAUUAGUGCCUCACUCUUUCAAUUCGGAGUCGCAAGACUCUGUCAGUGGGGCAUUUAUAGUGUAUGAAUGUUGGGGAGGUUGGGUGGGGGGGAGGGGAUUGGGACAGGUGGUGCCUGAAGAGAAACAAGGGGAUUUGCAGGAUUUUUGCAUCAUCGUACACAACAAUUUCAUGAAUGGUUUCCUUUUUUUAGUUCAAUUAUUUCUUUAAAACACAUUUAUUGAUGAAAAAUAAGAACUUGGUUAGUAGUUCUAAAUGUCACACUCCUGAACGUUAAACCUAAGUCUUCUAGUUCAUAGAUUAUCAUUAAAAGUAUGUGUUUUUUUUUUUUACAGUGGAAUUGUUAUAAUUUUGUUUUAUGGAACCAUUAAGCUAAGAGCCACUGAAUUUUCUCAAAAAGAUUGUAUAAAAUAUGACAGCUUUCUAAAUCAACUGUUAUGGUCAUUUAAAAUUCUUGCUUACAUCUCCAGUAACUAUCCAAAUAGAAUCUAGACUUAAAAUGAUAAAACCUCUAAGUUCACUGAAGUCUUCUCAGCUUAGAUACAGAGAGAGAAAACGUUAAUUUUCUUAAGACAUAGCAAGAAUUUUCACUAAUGGUAUUUUGUAAAACCUACUCCUUAGAAAACUACCACAAUGAAUCAAAUAUACAUCUAUCUCAAUGUAGCUAUAUUGUGCUUGAGUUGAAAUGGGACAGGAGCAGAGUCCUGAGAACAGGCUGUAAUAUUUUUACGUCUCUUGGGAAAUCAUGGAGCUCAUGUAAAAAUUUCUUCCUGAUCUUAUGUUUCAAUGUCGGCUGCAGAAUCUAUGUAUUUAAAUAUUUUCUAAAAUGUCUGUGUUCUCCAUGUGAAAUGCACUUUGCUUGUUUUCAAGUAUAUAAUACUGACUGCCAAGCGGGAUCACUAUUCUCCAUUUCUUCUUCUCUGGAACUCAUUUUUCUUCCUCCCCCUUCCCCCCACCUCCAAAUUACUUCAUUCUUCAGAAAACUGUGACCAAGCCCCUGUUCUUAAAAAUAAGUCACCCUUGGACAGAGCUAAGUUCUGCAGAAGAUACUUAACCAUUUGUUAGCAUGUGUGACUGUGAGACGCUAAGUCACUUUCUAUGAGCCUCAGGUUUCCUGAUCUUUAAAGUGAACACUUGGAUGCUUACCCUGGCUUCCUCACACGUGUGUGUGUGUGUGUGUGUGUGUGUGUGUGUGUGUGUGUGUGUGAAUCAACUGAAAUAUGUGAACUGGUUUGAAAAUGGAGACAAACUAUUGACAGUAAAUAUCAGAGAGUAGUCUUAUUAUAAGGCAAAACAGAGAUCCAACCCCAUUGUGAAGCUUAACCCUUUACCUUUUCUGGAAAACCUCUGAAAUAUAAAAGAAGCCACAUUUGCAGGAGCAACUUCUGUAAAUGAAUCCAGGUACAAAGAAACCCCUGUCACCACAUCUGGGGUUCUUUUUAAGCCAAUAUGAUUAGCAGAUUGAUCCCGUGUCUUGGAUGGAGGUUAGGGGUAGAACUGUUUUUCCUACCUUCUAGUCUUAAAUACACAAGUUCUCACAGACAGCUUGGUUUUUAUGGCUUUGGUCAUCAGAAUAAAUGUAAAGGCUGAAAACUCGAUCUCCUUGUCCCGUGUCUUGCCUCUUGGUGACAAAUGAUUCUAUCGCCUGUUUAUUGGGAAAUUUUCCAGUUGUUAAUCACUUUCACACCAUAUCCACAUGAAACAUGCCACCACAAAGAGAUGACAGCACCUUGUUUUCCCCAGUGACACAUUUCCCAUGAUUCAGUUCAACAUUUCAGGGGGCUUGUCUGGUCAUCUCUUUUGCCUUGGGAAUCCUACAGUUUCCUUAUAGGCCUUCAAACCUCCUUCAGACCUGACUCUCCCCUAAAACCUUUUGGUAUGAUUUUUCCUGCUCUAGAGAAUGUUCUACAGUCUGUGUUUUAUAAUCAUUCUUUGCAUAGUAUUUAUUGAAUCUAGAUUCUAAGUUGUUUGGCAAUGAGACCAGGACUUGAAGUUUGUAAGUUGUGUUAGAUAUUAGAAAGCUACUAAAAUAUAUCUACAUUAUGUGAAUAAUCUACUCUAACAUUAUAAUAUUUAAAGAUCAAUGUUGCUGCUAUUUUUAAUGUUUUGGCUAUUCUAAGUAAAAAAAAAUAUAUAUAUAUAUACAUAUAUAUGUAUAUACAUAUAUAUAUACAUAUAUAUAUAUGUAUAUAUAUAUAUAUACAUAUAUAUAUAAUGUUUAAAUUUGCAGAGUUAAAUAUGAAGAUUUCUCUUGCCUUCCAGAAUGUGAAUAUUAUACAUACAUAUAUAUAUAUUUUUUACAUAUUUCCUGAAAACAAAAAGACAGUCUUCUUUGUGAAUGUAAAGUGAAUGUCCUAUGUGUAUGUUACAGCUGUUUGUGUUAUUGUUUUUUACCAUUUUUGAAAAGCAUAUUUCCCAUUCUGUGAGUUUUAAAUAGAUUGGUAUUGCAUUUUGGUAUUGUGUGGCUGGUAGAUGUUAAUUCUCUGGUAUUAUAAAAUAAAAAUGUGCUCCAAAAGCCGAA